AUGUUGAGACAUUUUCUACAUCAAGAGAGAAACAGCUCUGUCAUCUUCCUGCUAAGAGGUCUUACCACUGCCCACAUUGUGAGGAGAUUUUUCCCAAUUCUAUCAAAGCUAAAAAUACACCUUAAAAUACACACAGGAGAGAAUCUGUAUCCCUGUACUGACUGUGGGAAGAGAUUCACGACAUCAAGGUCUCUGACAGUUCAUCAGAGAAUACACACAGGAGAGAAGCCUUACUCCUGCUCUGACUGUGGACAGAGUUUCUCUCGACUGGGCAACUUAAAAACACAUGAACGUAUACAUACAGGAGAGAAGCCUUACUCCUGCUCUGACUGUGAAAAGCGUUUCUCUCGACUGGGCGACUUAAAAAAACAUGAACGUAUACAUACUGGAGUGAAGCCUUACUCCUGCUCUGACUGUGGAAAGAGUUUCUCUCGACUGGGCCACUUAAAAACACAUGAACGUAUACAUACAGGAGAGAAGCCUUACUCCUGCUCUGACUGUGGAAAUAGUUUCUCUCGACUGGGCGACUUAAAAACACAUGAACGUAUACAUACUGGAGUGAAGCCUUACUCCUGCUCUGACUGUGGAAAGAGUUUCUCUCGACUGGGCCACUUAAAAACACAUGAACGUAUACAUACAGGAGAGAAGCCUUACUCCUGCUCUGAAUGUGGAAAGAGUUUCUCUCGACUGGGAAACCUAAAAACACAUGAACGUAUACAUACAGGAGUGAAGCCUUACUCCUGCUCUGAAUGUGGAAAGAGUUUCUCUCGACUGGGUGACUUAAAAACACAUGAAAGUACACAUACAGGAGUGAAUUCUUACUCCUGCUCUGACUGUGGAAAGAGGUUCUCUCGACUGGGCCACUUAAAAACACAUGAACGUAUACAUACAGGAGUGAAGCCUUACUCCUGCUCUAACUGUGGAAAGAGUUUCUCUCGACUGGGCCACUUAAAAGACAUGAACGUAUACAUACAGGAGAGAAGCCUUACUCCUGCUCUGAUUGUGGAAAAUGCUUCACAACAUCAACUGACCUAAAAGUUCAUCAGAGAACACACACAGGAGAGAAGCCUUACUCCUGCUGUGAUUGUGUAAAAUGCUUCAAAACAUCAACUGACCUAAAAGUUCA